GUUUCGAACCUGCGGAGAAAACCCAGGAUGAGCCGUGCGCGUGAGGGCGGGUGGGUCUCAGCAGCUCAAAGUGAUAGUGCGAUGCAAAAAGGGUGGGAAACUCGAAAUGCUGUGUCGCCGCGUCACGACUUAAUAUAGGCUACUGGUCUUUAGUAUGAGCAUCAAUUCCUCCUGAUUCUAUGGAUUUCACCGAUACGUCACUUGUCGCUGUUGACAACAAAGUAUCCGCCGAAGAACAACCUCUCCCCGAAGCCCUUCGUUCCAUGUCCCUUGUAAUGAGGGUACUCUGUUUUUUGGCACUUGGAUGCCCCAAUCUUCAUGAUCAUUGGAAAUCGCUUGAAUCAGAUCGAGCCUUCGAAACCGUUAGGACCAGAAUGUGUCAUAUUCUGGGCAACACUAUCACCACGGCAAGCCUCCUCGCUAUAAGUAGUGUUUUCGUCAUUAUAGUCUUUCCUGCGUCAUACUUCGGCUAUACACCAUCCGUUCCCUAUUAUCUACUCUUUACAUCACUCAUGUUUGCCAUGUUUGCCAUGUUGAUAUCUGGCUCGAGCAUGAUACGUUGGCUACACACCGAUCGGCACUGGACUCAAGAACAACUCAAACAAGGCGGCUACCUCGUCUGGUCCUACCUGUUGUCGAUAGUCGCGCCUAUGUUCUUCAUUUUCUGGUCCCUGAAUUGUUUCAUUUUUGCGAUGUCGAUCGCAGGCUUUUCGUCUCAAAGUGAAAUAUGCCGAGCCGUCACUGCGCUUGGGCUGGUUGCAUACGUUGUCAACGUUGGGAAAAUAUCGAUAGAAGCUAUGUACAGGUAUAGGUCAGGCCUUGAGCACGCCGAAUGUCGCCAGUGAUGUACAGUUUCCAUGUCUUAAUCAGGAAGAAUAUACUGCCAAUCUGUCCAUUUCC